AAUUUCUUUAUUUUUUGUUUUGCUCGCAUAAAGAACACAUCGUCCAAAGAAAAAAGAGAAAUCGGUCUAAUUUAUUACGAAUUAGUAUAAACAAAGAAAAAUCAUUGUAAUAUAAAAUGUUAACUGUAAUAAAAAAUGGUUUUAUUGCAAAUAGGUCCUUUAAUUUGUUAGGAUCAAACCUGACAAAGCGUAUUAUAUCAACCACAGGAUAUGUCCAAAAUUCUGAAAAAAUCUCAAAGGAUGUUGGAGAUCGCAUUGGCGGACUACCAACAGAUUUAGUAAAUCGACAAAAAAUAAGAAAGACCACAAGAACUUUGUCAACACUUCAGAAUCAUUCUGUGCCAAUAGCAGCUAGAGUAACGGUCUCAAAGGAUGAAAGCCGAAAUUUUAUGGCGGUUUUUCCUGAUAUUGUACGUGACCUAACUGAAGCAGCCAACAGUUACAAUUCAAGUGAUGCAUCCAAUUGGUUUGCUCGCGCUUUGCAAUACAAUGUACCCAAAGGUAAGAAGAACCGAGGUAUUCUUACUGUCUUAACAUACAAAAAUCUAGUCAACGCCAAGGACAUUACUGACGAAAAUUUAAAAUUAGCACAUAUUUUGGGAUGGUGUGUAGAAAUGCUACAAUGUUUCUUUAUUAUUAACGAUGAUGUGAUGGAUAGCAGUUCAACUAGACGAGGCCAACCUUGCUGGUAUAAAGUAGAAGAUGUUGGCUUGAUAGCUUUAAAUGAUGCUUUAAUGAUUGAAAAUGCUAUUUAUAUCCUAUUGAAAAAAUACUUCAGCCAUAUGGAUUGUUAUGUGGACUUAAUGGAUCUUUUUCAUGAAAUCACAUUCAUUACAACUUGCGGCCAAAGUUUAGACUUACUAAACGCCAACAAAAGUGUAACAUCAUUUGAUAUGGACAAAUAUAACGCAAUUGUUGCAAAUAAAACAGCCUAUUAUUCAUUCUAUUUGCCAUUUGCCCUAGCAAUGCACUUAGCCGGAAUUAAGGACCAAGAAGCUUUUCGGCAAUCAAAAACCAUUCUCUUGGAAAUGGGUCACUUUUUUCAGGUUCAAGAUGACUUUUUAGAUUGUUUUGGAAAUCCCGAGGUUACAGGAAAAAUAGGCACCGAUAUCCAAGACAAUAAAUGUUCAUGGUUAGCAGUAGUUUGUAUGCAAAGAGCUAAUGAAGAACAAAAGCAAAUCAUGUUAGAAUGCUAUGGAAAAACUGAUCCAGAAAAGGCAGCUCGAGUAAAAGAGUUAUAUAAAUCGUUGGGACUUCCAAAUACGUACGCAAUUUAUGAGGAAGAAUCCUACAACAUGAUAAAGACUCAUAUACAGCAAACUUCGCGAGGUGUACCCCAUGAGAUUUUCUUGCAGAUUUUAAACAAAAUUUAUCAGCGAAAUUCCUAAUUUAAAGUUUUAACUAGUCGUAUACAUAGUAUGAAUAAAACGCCAUUUACAAAUUAUCAAUAAUUUAUACACAUGUCUAUUUUAGAUAUUGAAAAACAUAUACAUACAUACGUACAUAUACAAUUUUGAUAAUAAAUGAAACUACAUAUAUAUUUAA